CCUCCUCCUCCUCCUCAUUUGACCAGGAAUGCAGAGAAUACGCUCCUGAACAUAAAAGCCGCUGCAGCGUUCCUCCUCUUACUUUCUGUCAACAAAAUCUCCUCUGACUGGAAAUAUGUUUUUCACGGACAUAUUCUGCCAUCCUCUCUGGGCUGCCUUGUCCGCACUGCUGGCUCUCGUUGUGCGCUUGCAGCGCAGAGCCAUCUGGGACCCGCAAGCCUGCUCCGUGCGGCUCAGGGGGAAGACUGCCAUAGUAACAGGGGCCAAUACAGGCAUUGGGAAGUUCAUCGCCCUGGACUUUGCACGGCGUGGGGCGCGGGUAAUCCUAGCAUGCCGAAGCGAGCCCCGUGGCACAGCCGCCCUUAAUGAAAUUAAGCAGGCUACAGGAAACGCAGAUGUCCACCUGCACAUUGUGGACCUCUCCUCCAUGGACUCGGUCAGAGCGUUCGCAAAGAGGAUUCUCGAGGAGGAGAAAGCACUGCACAUACUCGUGAACAAUGCGGCCGUAUCAGGUUUGCCCAGACAGAUGACCAAAGACGGGUUUGAGGCUUCCUUUGCCACCAACCAUUUAGGACCAUUUCUGCUCACGAAUCUGCUGCUGGACCUCAUAAAGCGCUCGGCUCCGGCACGUAUUGUCACCGUCAGUUCGCUGAACCACAAGAGGGGCAAAGUGGACUUCUCUCACUUUCAUGGCCAGAACCUCGUGUACUGCAUGGAUCAAGUCUACAAUCACACCAAGCUGCAUAAUAUCAUUUGCACCAAUGAGCUGGCACAAAGGUUACAGGGCACAGGUGUCACAGCCAACUCCGUCCACCCUGGCGUUGUCAUGACGGAGGUGAUGCGACACUAUCCGUUCUGGGUCCGUUACCCUUUUAACCUCAUCGGUUUUUUCUUUUUUAAGUCACCAGAAGAGGGCGCUGUCAGCCCGAUCUACUGCGCAGUGUCCGAGGAGCUGGAAGGGGUGACCGGGAAGUACUUUGACAGCGACUGCGCCCUGGUGCUUCCUGCCCCUUUAGCUCGAGAUGCCGCGCUCGCCGUGAAGGACUUUGAGUUCUGCGAGAAGCUGACCUCAAAGCUCUAGAAGCAGCUGCCUGACAAGGACUGAGACCCAGACAAACAAAAGUGAGAUAAAGUGGCUCAGCUGGAACUUUUUCCGCACAGUUUAUCCAUUAUUUCCUGCCAAAUGAACCGCAAUGAUUGCCUUAUUAAUACGUUAAAUGGCCCAGGUUUUC